AUGCAGGCACCAAAAAAAAAAGACCGACGGACUCAAGAGGAGAUGGUUUUGAGGGACCUUCUGGAGGAUUGUGUACGCGGAGCUCUGGGGUUCUCGCCUAUCAAAAAGAAAGAAGAACUGCAUGUAUUGGAGAAGGUACAGAUACAGGUGAAGAACACAGAGGUGCAGUGUUCAGUGGGAAUUGGUUCUGAAGUGGUCCCCCUGACUAGAAGCUCUGGUAGCUCCAUCGACACUUCGUCAUCUUGUGACAACUUAUCUGCCACAAGGUUCCCGUUGAGGUAUAGUCUGGGAGAGAAAGAACCGCGUGUGGGAACUACUGGCGGUUAG